ACUACCCCGCCUUCGGUGGUUUCUUGGCCCUCCCCACCUUGUAGCGAGACCAACGAGAGGUUACCGCCUGCGUCUAGAGCAGCCCGGCCGGAGCCUAACCGAGUGGUGCGCAAACGUGAAAGGGAAGCUGGACGCGGAUGCGCUUUUUCUGCCUCCGAGCCGUUCUAGACGCGGGAAAAAUGCUUUCUGAAAGCAGCUCAUUUUUGAAGGGUGUGAUGCUUGGAAGCGUUUUCUAUGCUUUGAUCACUGUGCUAGGACAUGUUAGGAUUGGUCAUGGAAAUAGAAUGCGCCACCAUGAGCAUCAUCACCUACAAGCUCCUAACAAAGAAGAUAUCCUGAAAAUUUCAGAGGAUGAACGCAUGGAGCUCAGUAAGAGCUUCCGAGUAUACUGUAUUAUCCUUGUAAAACCCAAAGAUGUGAGUCUUUGGGCCGCGGUAAAGGAGACUUGGACCAAACACUGUGACACAGCAGAGUUCUUCAGUUCUGAAAAUGUUAAAGUAUUUGAGUCAAUUAAUAUGGAAACAAAUGACAUGUGGUUAAUGAUGAGAAAAGCUUACAAGUAUGCCUUUGAUAAAUAUAGAGACCAAUACAAUUGGUUCUUUCUUGCACGCCCUACUACAUUUGCUAUUAUUGAAAACCUAAAAUAUUUUUUGUUAAAAAAGGAUCCAUCACAGCCUUUCUAUCUAGGCCACACCAUAAAAUCUGGAGACCUUGAAUAUGUGGGUGUGGAAGGAGGAAUUGUCUUAAGUAUAGAAUCAAUGAAAAGGCUUAACAGCCUUCUCAAUAUCCCUGAAAAAUGUCCUGAACAGGGCGGGAUGAUCUGGAAGAUACCUGAAGAUAAGCAGCUAGCAAUUUGCCUGAAAUAUGCUGGAGUGUUUGCAGAAAAUGCAGAAGAUGCUGACGGGAAAGAUGUAUUUAAUGCCAAAUCUGUUGGUCUGUUUAUUAAAGAGGCAAUGACUAAUCACCCCAACCAGGUAGUAGAAGGAUGUUGUUCAGAUAUGGCUGUUACUUUUAAUGGACUGACUCCUAAUCAGAUGCAUGUGAUGAUGUAUGGGGUAUACCGUCUUAGGGCAUUUGGGCAUGUUUUCAAUGAUGCAUUGGUUUUCUUACCUCCAAAUGGUUCUGACAAUGACUGAGAAGUGGAACAAGAGUCUGUAUAUGAUUCACCUAUAGAACAUGUGUUGUCAUUAUCUGUAGUAAUGACUACACAUCCAAUAUAGCUGUAUAUUUCUUUUUUCUAAUUUUGUGGAAUUAAUAUAAUCACAUUAAAGUUUGUCUAGAAUUUAGUACAUUUUUAAAGGGGUGUGGUUUUCUUAAAACACAUGAAAACUGUAAAUGCAUGGGAGAGAAAUGUUUUAAGAAUAAUUUUGCAGAUAAAGGAUAUAUUUAUAAAUAUUGUAUUUAUGUGGUAAAUUCUAAAUUAUAAACAUUAAAAUCUGCACAGUUUUGCUGAUAGGUUAAAAAUUUAUUAUGUCUUUUUAGCUUUCUAAGUUAUUGAAUUUGUGAUUAAAGUAAAACUUUCAGCUGUG